AUGGUAGGUGAGCCCCGCUUUCGCAUCCGAACACUGGAAACAGCGGCCCCCGGUACUUCAUUCUGGUGUUUUCUAAAGGUCUUCGGCUUUCUUCUCAGGAGUAACCAGCCGCCUGCUUCGGGGAGCGGAGUCUGGGGAAGGAUGCGGAGGAGCGCGCUCUGGACGGUUCUGGGCCUGCUGGCAGCUGGCAGCUGGGGGCAGAAUGAUCCUGAAAUCCCUGGUGAAAGAACACAGAAACAGUACAAAGUCUCCAUCUCAGGAACCAGGGUAGUACUCACAUGCCCUCUUGAAUCUGGCACAAUAAAUUGGGAAAAAAAUGACGUAGAAAUGCGUGAUGCUAACGACGAAUACCUGGUUCUGGAGGACUUUUCAGAAGUGCAGGACAGUGGCUAUUAUGCCUGUUACUCAGAUGCCAAGCAGAAGAACCAGUAUCUCUACCUGAAAGCUCGAGUGUGUGAGAACUGUGUGGAGGUGGACCUGACAGCCUUGGCUAUCAUCAUCAUCGUGGAUAUCUGUGUCACUCUGGGCUUGCUGAUGAUAGUUUAUUACUGGAGCAAGAACAGGAAAGCCAAGGCCAAGCCAGUGACUCGGGGACCUGGUGCUGGCGGCAGGCCCAGGGGCCAAAACAAGGAGAGGCCACCACCUGUUCCCAACCCAGACUAUGAGCCCAUCCGCAAAGGUCAGCGGGAUCUGUAUUCUGGCCUGAACCAGAGAGCAAUCUGACAGCUCCAUGGAACACUGCCUUCCACUGGCCUACGUCCGGACCUCUGGAUAGCCUGCUAUUCCUCAUUCCCUGGACAAACUGUGGACCCCCAUACAACAGCUGCUCUGUGGCCUUGUGGUGAACACCUACCCUAUAACCUUGCCCCCAGCUCCGCCCUUCUUGCCGCCUUUGCUGGUGCCCAAUUCCAAGACAUCAGUGCCUCAGUAUCCUUUGAAACAUCACAGGUAGUCAGGCCCUCA